AUGGAAAUUAAGAGUCUUCCUCAAGAUCCGGGAAAGAGGAAAAAUAUGAGUGAUUUCCAUAAUGAUGAUAGAGAUUAUAUUAGGAGAUUCUAUAUUGAUAGAGGACUUUGUCAACCGAAAGACAAUGAAGGUUCUGAUGCUUUUGUUAGUGAGGGGUUUAGAACUUGGAGUAAACCAGAUGCACUCAAUAAGCAUAUUGGUGGACAUAUGAGUGUUCACAAUAAAGCCAUGACGAGUCUUGUUGACUUUAAAAAUCAAAAGGAUAGUCUUCCAUCUGCUUUCAGUAAUCAAUCGCAAGAAAUGGCAAGCAAUUAUCGGAAGCGAUUAGAAGCUUCUGUUAAAUGUGUGAAAAAUGGUGGAUUGAAUGAACGUUUUCUUGGUUUGGUUCAUGUGCCUAACACCACUUCUUUAACUCUUAAAGAGGCAAUUGAAUCGUUGCUUAUGGAGCAUUCUCUUAGUCUUUCUAGAGUUCGGGGACAAGGAUAUGAUGGUGCUAGUAACAUGCGAGGUGAAAUAGCUGGUCUAAAAACUCUAAUAACUGAUGAGUGUCCACAAGCAUAUUAUGUUCAUUGUUUUGCUCACCAACUUCAAUUGACACUAGUUGCCGUUGCCAAGAAAAACUCUGAUUGUAGUUGGCUUUUUCUUGAUGUGCUUCCAUUGUUGUUGAAUUUUGUUGGUGAAUCUGGCACUGGUUUGAAUCAAGAGAAAUCUUUAAGUAGGCCUGGUGACACUCGAUGGGGAUCUCAUUUUAAAACAAUUGUGAAUGUUCUUGAUUUAUAUCGUCCAAUCCUUGAGUCACUUGAUGCUAUUGCUGAAUCUUCCAUUGAAAAGGCCAACAAAAACAAAGCAUGUGCAAUCAUUAAUUUGUUGAUGACUUUUGAUUUUGUUUUUGUGGCAUACUUGAUGACAUCUAUUUUUGGGAUCACACAUGAGUUGAAUUUGGCUUUACAAAAGAGUGUUCAAGAUAUUGUGAAUGCUAUGACUUUGGUUGAUGUGACUAAGAGGAAUUUGCAAAAGCUAAGAGAUGGUGGAUGGGAUGCUCAUAUGACUAAAGUAUCUUCCUUUUUGACAAAACAUGACAUUGAGAUUCUGAACAUGGAGGGAAUGUAUGUUGCACCGGGGAGAAGAUGUUUCGUGGUAAUACUUCACAAGUGA